GUUGUAUUUUAGAUGGAAACACGACAACAUCGGUUGGAGGUUUAUAAACAGUGGAUGCUUUUAUAGGAAUUAAUUAGAGAGGCAAAUAAGAAUGGGCAAGACAGCUGUUGCCGAGUAUGUGGACUAUGCGACCAUCCACGGGGUAGAGCGAAUAAAAAACUCGCCGUUUGCUGCGUUGAAGAUAACUUGGCUAAUAGCGCUGUGCGCUUCCCUUGGGAUGAUCACGUGGCAGGUCGUUAUGCUGUACCAGAAAUACGACAGCCACCCUGUUUCCACUUCCAUUGAGAUGAAGACAGUAAAGAAGAUGAAGUUCCCAACGAUCGUCAUCUGCAACACCAACCCUAUCCAAUAUCACAGUUUUCCAUACACCUCGCCUUUAGAAGAUCCGCUUAAUGAGGCGGCAGCAAAAUACAGCAUCGACAGAGAAAUGUUUGAAUCUAACGAUAGUUUGUUCACCUACAACUACACCGAUUUCGAUAAAAUUAAAGUCCCUACGGACUUUGAUGCUGACAUUAUGGUCAACACGGCGGAGAAGUUCAAAAUGCGGUUAAGUAAUUUGUCCGAAUCCGAGCUGAAGGAAUUUUCGCAGCCUUACGACACAUUUGUCCUGUCCUGCACCUUUGCCGGGAAGUCGUGCUCACAAUCUGCCAUCGGAAGUGACUCCACAUUUCGCACAUAUGACUACGGACUGUGUUUUGUGUUUGACCCCACGAAGCAAGAUGGUAUCUCACCUUCAGGGGAAGUGUCUUCCUCGGGUCAAAGAUACGGUUUAGAAUUGUUACUGAACGUUGAUCAAUUCGAAAGUGUUCCAUUCGUGACGUCAUCAAGUGGCGUUGUGAUAGCCCCGUUGUAUGACGUAGGUGAAUACCUCGAUGCAAAUGCGGGUGUAUUUGUCCCUACAGGUUUCCAAGCCGACAUAGCAGUAUCAAAGACUGUAACUGAAAGGGUUCCCGGUAAGAACAACGAAAGUCCGAUGUGUGACGUCAUCUCAAAUGCAUCAGUUUACGACUGUCUCCGUCAAUGUCGUCAAGAAAAUAUAGCGCUGAGGUGCGGCUGCUACCAACAGGUUUACCUCUUCAACAAGGUGAAGGACGAUACUGAUUUCAAUGAGACAUUUGACGAUGAAACGCGUAAUAGGGCUUGCUUGUCGGACGAAGACUACGUGUGCAUUAUCAAGGCAUUGGAUGAAUUCACGAAUUCCACUCCGUCCGAGUGCAAAUGCAUAAGCCCGUGCAGAGAAGAGGUCUACACGCAAGACAUCACGUUGAUUUCUUGGCCGACCGAAAAGUACUUACCCAUUCUGCGGCGGAUAAUAACGGCAAAACUUCAAACUGGAAACAUUGGAUUUGACCGCAAUCAAAUCAGAGAUAACUUUCUACUUGUUCGGGUUUAUCUGAAGACUCUGUCAUACGAAGUUAUCAAGGAGAGCUAUGCAUAUGAGAUUGUGAACUUCGUCAGUGACAUCGGUGGUCAGCUUGGAUUGUGGGCGGGGUUCUCCGUGCUCUCAAUCCUUGAGAUCAUGGAACUCGUGUUCCUACUCGUUACGAAGAAGGACAACCAAACUGGACCGGAGAAGGUAGACGGUCAAAUAAUCAAAGUAAAGAAACAGAUCCAACUAAACUCUCCGCCUAUGAUUAUGGUUAAAGAAAUCAUGUCUACAGAGAGUUAAUAUCUUUAACAAGAAGCAAAAAUGCAUAGUGUGACAGUGGUCAAUUUGUUUAUUUGAAUACAUUUUAGAUUACAAAUCUCCGUCAGUGACAUUUUAAUUACGCUAGGAUUGUAGUUUCUCUCAACUGUUGUUUUUUAACCAUAAGUCUAUAUGUUAAGAUGUUUGACAUUUAUAUGCAUCAGCCUAAGUGAAACAUUUGUAAUGGAGACAGCGUGGAGGGUAGUGUCUAUAGGUCUAAUUCAGUUGUCUGCCAUUAAGUUGCAUUCUCCAAGAUUAAUAAGCCUUUAUUUAUAGUGCUAGACUUAAAA